AUGCCAUUAAUCCGGGACGAGAACGGCCGGACCUUCGUGGAACAUGGCAAUGGGCAAAAGUCACACUACAUCUUGGAUGACUUUGCAGAUCCAUGGAAGGCUCACGAUACAAUUCUAAUCCAGCACGGUUUCUGCCGUACCGUGGAACACUGGUAUCAUUGGGUUCCGGCGUUGGCGCAGCACUUUCGGGUCAUCCGGCGAGAUCUGCGAGGACAUGGGCUCUCGAGUUACCCCACGGCUUCUUCUACACGCUAUGAUUACACGCUAGCGACUGUCGUUGGUGAGAUUGUCGAUACUCUGGACCAACUAGCCAUAGAAAAGGUGCAUUUCAUAGGGGAAUCAACAAGCGGCAUGCUCGGCGAAGCGCUGGCAGCUCUCCAUCCAGAGCGACUGCUAUCGCUGACAAUCUGCUCGUCGCCAACUUACCUUCCUCCACCGGCCUUGGAAACGUUUGCUUUUGGCUGCAGCGACUGGCCGACCGCUUGUCGCCAGUUGGGGUCUCGCGGCUGGGCCGAGGCGCUGCUCAGAACGCCUGGGACAAUGGCGUCGACGGAUGUCGCAUACACUUCGUGGUGGGUAGACCAGGUCGCGAUAUCGCACUCGGAGGGCCUUGCAGGCUACGCCGAGUUCUUGUCGAGCAUUGAUGCGCGACCGUUUCUACCAAAGAUCAGGGUGCCGAUGCUCAUACUUGCCCCCAAGAACAGCGCAGUGAUGAGCGUCGAAUCCAUGCUCCAGGUGGGUGAACAGGUGCGCGGGGCACAAGUACAGGUUAUUGAUGCGCCGGGCCAUGAGAUUUUCAUCACUGGAAGCACAAAAUGCCAGGAGCUGGUUCUUGAAUUCUACAGGUCUUUGCAAGUGAGACAACCAUGA